GGUGCCCCCCCCAUAUUAAUAGCCUCCCUGAACUCUCAAACCGGGAGAGCUCUUACCAGCCGAGCUCCUAAAGUAGGGCUAGUUGGGAAUUGGUCUUCGCUGCAGGAUGGCUUAUCACAGGCACGCAGGGCCUACCAGCUACACGGUGGGCACCAUGUCGGAACGCUUUGACUGCCACUAUUGCCGGGACAACUUGCACGGGAAGAAGUAUGUGCAGAAGGAAGGCCGCCACUGCUGCAUCAAGUGCUUUGAGAAGUUCUGCGCAAACACCUGUGCUGAGUGCAAGAAGCCCAUCGGGGCCGAUUCCAAGGAGCUGCAUUUCAAGAACCGCUACUGGCACGAGAACUGCUUCCGCUGCUUCAAGUGCUCCACGUCUCUGGUCAACGAGCCCUUCAUGCUGAAGGAGCACAACAAAGUGUGGUGCAACAAGUGCACCAUGGAUCAGGCCCCCCACUGCAAGGGCUGCCAGAAGCCCAUCGUGGCAGGCGACCAGAAUGUGGAAUACAAGAAGACUGUCUGGCACAAGGAGUGCUUCACCUGCAGCCAGUGCAAGCAGGUGAUUGGCACCGCCAGCUUCUUCCCCAAGGACGACGAGAUUUAUUGCACCUCCUGCCAUGAGCAGAAAUUUGCCAAGACCUGUGUGAAGUGCAAGCAGGCCAUCACCUGUGGAGGGGUCGCCUACCAGGAGCAACCGUACCACUCCGAAUGCUUUGUGUGUGCCACCUGCUCCAAGAAACUGGGAGGGCAGCGCUUUACAGCUGUGGAGGAUCAAUUCUACUGUGUCGAUUGCUACAAGUCCUUUGUGGCCAAGAAAUGCAGCGGUUGCAAGAACCCCAUCACAGGUUUCGGGAAAGGAACCAACGUGGUCAGCCAUGAAGGCCACUCCUGGCACGACUACUGCUUCAACUGCAAGAAGUGCUCCAUCCCGCUGGCCAACAAGCCCUUCGUCUUCCACAGCGAGCAAGUCUACUGCCCCACCUGCGCCAAGAAGCUGUAAGGGGCGGAGCCAGGGGCAAAGGGGGGGAGCGGCCUUGCCUCUUCCCUGGAGGGGCUUGAUCUGUGUGCUUGGAGAAAACCUGCCCACUCUCCUGCCCACAUUUUAGGCUUCCCCAUCCCCAUCCUUAAGAGGUGCCCGGCAUCUCCCCCCUCCCCAUCUGACAGGUGGCAUUCAAUAAAAGCUCUGCCUUAGCAUCCUACCUGCUGCUAACCUUGCUUAAAAUCCCCCCUUUUUAAAGGAAAGAUCCUCUUAUUUUCUUGCCAUGCUUCGCAGGUGCCGGCUGAAGUUUAGGCUCAAGCUUUGCACAUCCAAAUGUACUUACUGAUAACCAGGGUGGAUUUGAUUUAAAUCAUAUAUUCAGUAAGACUGGAUUUCAAUCACUAGUCAGGAAGACUUGAUUUAAAUCAUUUUUUAAAAAACAGAAAGGUUCAACCUCGCUGGGAUCCUCUUGCCUUCUUGCCAUGCUUCAUGGGUGCCGGCUGAUGUUUCGGCUCAAGCUUCACACAACCAAAUAUACCGCACUUUUCCGUCUAGAAGACUCCCCCUUCUGUAAGAUGCCCCCUAUUUUGAGAGACUAAAAAUUUCCAAAAUUGGGGGGGGGAUUGUUGAGCUUUUUUUAGGGGGCGUUGCCACAAAUUGCCUACCUGCUGUGGUCACCGAGGGGUCUUUGCAGCCUGCGCUUCUUUAUAUAGAACCUCGUCUUCUACACGGAAAAGUACGGUACUUGCUGAUAACUGAGCACAUACAGCUAAUUAGUCUUUUUCCGUGUAUAACAUGCCCCCAUGUACAGUCAUACCUCAGGUUGAAGUAGCUUCAGGUUAAAAAUUUUCAGGUUGCGUUCUGCGGCGACCCGGAAGUAACGGAGUGGGUUACUUCCGGGUUUCGCCGCUUCCGCAGACGCUCAAAAUGACGUCAUGGGCACGUGGCUAAUUGCGACCCACGCACACGCAGACGCAGGUUGCGUUUGCUUCAGUAUGCGAACGGGGCUCCGGAACGGAUCCCGUUCGCAUCCAGAAGUACCACUGUAUAAGAUGCCCCCUAUUUUGGACUGGACUUAACUGUCAGGGGUCCUUUACCUUUAUUUUGGGGGACUCAAAAAUUAAGAAAAUGGAGGGAGAUUGCCCCCAGGUAUAAGAUUACCCCUCUCUUUUUUGCAUUAUUUUUUAGUAAAAAAAACCACACCCUAGUCUUAUACAAGGAAAAGUAUGGUAGGUUACUAACUUCUAAGUGAGCAGUAAGAUGAGGGCUGAAAUCACAUGGCUGCUUUUGAAACGGAAAUUUUUUGCUUUUCCUUCCUGGGGAGCAAAAGAUCGGGAGAGAGUUUGAGGCCAUUUUAAAGGGUCACUCACUGACCCUUUAAAAGUCUAAACAGGGCUGCCUUCAGACGUCUUGCUGAUUUCCUUGAGAUCUGAUGGGAGAGGGUGCCACCACCAAGAAGGCCCUCUGCCUGUAUUAAACUGAAUCCCGGGGUGGGGUGGGAGGCAAAAUGCUUGUGUGCUCUUCCAUAUCAAAAAUCCAAUGAAAGCCAGGAAAUGGCCGGCCUGAGCCCUUCGCAACGUCAGUUUCCACAAGCAAUGAUGCCUUCAUAUUUGUUUGACAAUGAAAAGCAAGGGUCAGCAACCUUUUUCAGCAGGGGACCGGUCCACUGUGCCUCGGAUCUUGUGGGGGCUGGACUAUAUUUUUUGGGGGGAAAUGAACAAAUUCCUAUGCCCCACAAUUAACCCAGAGAUGCAUUUUAAAUAAAAGGACACAUUCUACUCAUGUCAAAACAUGCUGAUUCCCAGACCAUCUGCCAGCCGGAUUGAGAAGGCGAUUGGGCCGGAUCCGGCCCCCAGGCCUUAGUUUGCCUAGCAAUGCCCUAGGUCAGGCACGUCCAACAGGUAGAUCACUUUGGCUUCUCCCAAAAAGCUCAGCCACUUUUGUUUCCUAGCCAAAAAGUGGGCCAUCAGAUUAAGUUCCACUAUAUAGGACUGGGGAUUCAGGACCCUUAACUGUGUUUUAUAUAAUCAACUUUUGAUUAUGUUCUGUGUAUCUCACAACAUUCAUUCAGUUCCGUUAAUUUAUAUAUUCAGUUCCAUUCAUUCAUUUGCCCCCUAAAAAAAAAGCUCAACCACCUUGGCUUCCCCAAAAAAGUUCCACAACUUUGAUCCAUCCAACGACAACGGGUGGAUCACUGCCAGUUUUUUUUACACCGUGAGUAGAUCACAGUCUCUUGGGAGCUGGACAUCCCUGCCCUAGGUGAUAGUAUGUCAAUAUGCAGAUCUGAUCAGCAUCACAUGGUCCAGCCCAGAAACGUCUCCAGAAAACCUGGCCUUCGCAGAUUAACACAAUGAAACCCUUGAUGCGCACGAAGGAAUAAAACGCAAACGUUUGCAACACACAAUUUCCUCCACCCAUUCUUAGCUGAUACUUGUAUCUGUUAUCACACCCAAGGUUGCGUCCAAUGAAGUGUCUCAUGGGGAAUUAAGGGGAGGGGGGAUUACGGAAAUCUACGUGUGCUUGGUUCAAAACUGUAUAAGAAGUAAGAAACGUCUCCCGUUUGGAGUCUUCUCCUUUCCUCCUUGGCGAGACUGGCUUUGACCCUGCUGCCGCAGAAAUCUCAAAUAAAGGUCCAGCAUCUUCGCUGCUUUGCUUCAA